AUGAAGACGCUAUUCCCGGUGAAGGCGGUGAAGACGCGAUUCCCGGUGAAGACGGUAUUCCGGGUGAAGACGCUAUUCCCGGUGAUGGCGCUUUUCCCUGUGAAGACGCGUUCUACGGACACAGACAGCAUUUCUCUUAUGAGGACGCUAUUCCCUGUGAGGACGCUAUUUAUGGUGAAGACGCUAUUCCGGGUGAAGACGCUAUUCCGGGUGAAGACGCUAUUCCCGGUGAAGACGCUAUUCCGGAACCCGGUGAAGACGCUAUUCCGGUUGAAGACGCUAUUCCGUGUGAAAACGCUACUCCCGGUGAAGACGCUAUUUUGGGUGAGUACGCUAUUCCCGGUGAAGACGCUAUUCCCGGUGAAGACGCUAUUCCGGGUGAGGACGCUAUUCCGGGCGAAGACGCUGUUCCGGGUGAAUACGCUAUUCCGGGUGAAGACGCUAUUCCCGAAGCUGUUUUCUGUGAAGACGCUAUUCCGGGUGAAGACGCUGUUCCGGGUGAAGACGCUAUUCCGGGUGAAGACGCUAUUCCGGGUGAAGACGCUAUUCCCGGUGAAGACGCUAUUCCGGGUGAAGACGCUAUUCCCGGUGAAGACGCUAUUCCAGAUGGAUUUCCCGGUGAAGUUGCUGUUCCGGGUGAAGACGCUAUUCCAUGUGAAGGUGUCCAGAGUGUCCGGGGCGUCCGGAGUGUCCGGGGCGUUUGUGGUGUCCGGGUUGUCUGGGGUGUCCGGGGUGUCCGGGGUGUCUGGGGUGUCCGGGGUGUCCGGCGUGUCCAGGGAGUCCGGGGCAGAGUACGACGCGCGAGUCGUCGACGCCGAGGCACGCGCCAGGAAGGCGGCGCAACUCCACGAGGAGCUGGAGAAGAGCGUGACCCAGGCUUUGCAGAAGAAGCAGGCGUUCUUCCACAUCGACUCGAGCUGGUCGAGGAAGGAGAAGGAGACGUUCCAGAGGGGUGUCAAGGACUACUCCAACGACACCCGCGAGACGUACUGCAAGCUCACAGGUCUGACAUGCCAGUGGGUGUACAGCGCGACGGACGCGCAACUGAACCAGGAGUUGGUUGUUUGGCAUGGGUCAAUGGAGAUCUGGGUAGGAAGAGAAAGAAAAGAAGUUGCCGUUUGUGUGGUCUGGCUCGCCAGCCAGUCUCACACAGAGGUUCCGCCGAACCCUCCUCCGCCCUCGCCCGGAGGGCAGAUGUGCACGGCAGCGAGCGCGGCAACGUUAUUGUCGGAUGUUGACAGAAGGAAUCGUUGGACAAGGUGGGUUUCCCUAGACUUGAAGCCCGCCCCCAUCCCGACCUGAGGCCCCCAAUAUUAACUUGCGGCGCCUCAACAGCCGUCGAAAUCGGCCUUCUCGAACCAAACCUUUUAAGCCGUUCCCGAUAUUGACAAGCUCCAUGGUACGACGAUCGCGCGAGCAUGCACCUUGAAGCACGCAAGGAGUCGUCACAUCUUUCCUGUGUGGCUGCAUCGUGCCGUUCGCAGCCUGAGUCUCUCCCUCAAAAAGAAACAUAUCCAUAGAAUUAUACAUCCUGCAUGGACCCCCCCGGAUGGCCG